AUGUUAAUUAAAGAACCUACAAAACUUCUAAUUAUAACUUCUGAGAAAAUCGAGACCCGAGGGAUGGAAGAUGAAAAAAGUUAUUUUGGCAACACAGCAAUUUACAGAUGCAAUUCACGUCCUUCACGAGUCGCACUAGUCAAGGAACAAGAAGAAGAAGAAGAAAAUCUGUUUGCAUCAAGACCUAUGGUCAGAAAGAGUCUAAGAUGUGUAUUUAAGUUAUUUGAAAUCUCAAGUGAUCUAAAAAACAUUUGA